AAUAACCAGCGUCGGACCCACGCAAAUAGGAGCGAUACGGUGGGCCGAUCCGGUAAAUCUCAUGGCGAUAUCUUCCUCUAAAUAUCGGUUAAAACUUGGAAAAUUACAAUUAAAAAAUAAAAUAAAAUAAAAAAACAGAACAUAUAUAAAAACCUAGUCACUCGGUCGCAGACUCUCAGCUCUCCUCUUCUCUUCGUGCCUACCGUUUCUUCUUUGUUUGCAGUAAGUCCCUUCUCUGUUUCAGAGUCUUUUGAGUCUCUUUCGCGGGGGCAGUGAUCAGGUGCGGCGGAGAUGGAUCCAGAUUCGUUGGCGAAAGCAUUCGUGGAGCAUUACUAUACGUUGUUCGACGCGAAUCGCGGGGCCUUGGCGAACUUGUACCAGGAAGGUUCGAUGUUGACCUUCGAAGGUCAGAAGAUCCAAGGGUCACAAAACAUCGUGGCCAAGCUCACAAGCCUCCCUUUCCAGCAGUGCCAGCACAGCAUCACCACCGUCGAUUGCCAGCCCUCUGGCCCUGCCGGCGGCAUGCUCGUCUUCGUCAGCGGCAAUCUCCAGCUCGCCGGUGAGCAGCAUGCUCUCAAGUUCAGCCAGAUGUUCCAUUUGAUGCCUACUCCACAGGGAAGCUUCUAUGUGUUCAAUGACAUUUUCCGGUUGAACUAUGCAUGAAGACAAGAUCAUCACUCACAUUCAACAAUGGGUGGGAAUAUGUGUGCUCUCUUCCCUGCCUAUUACUGUUUAGUUGUAGGGAUCUCAAAUGGAAAGUAUGAACUUUCUUUUGGUUGGAUGUUUAGUGUUCGUUGUGUUUUUUUGUGUCGCCAGAAUUUAGAGAUUCUUAUGAUUGUUAUUGGUUGAAUUGGAAAUUUACAUUGCUCUGGGUAAUUAUCUAAAAUGAAUACGGUAUUGGAGGUUUGAAGAUUGAAGAAUG